AUCCAAACCCCCCUAAUCCAUCCAUCGAAUCUCGUUGCUCGCCGGUCGCCGCCCCGUCUCCUCGCUUGCCGGUUACAAGGACGACCUCGUCGGGGCGGCGGAACCCUCCAGCCUCCGGGCUCGCCGCCGCCGCCAAGCUCGCAUCCCGCGCCGGCCGCCGAGCUCGCCGCCCAACCCCAACCCCAAAUCAAUCAGAUCAAUUCAACUAUCCAAGCCUAAGUUGUUGGAUCUAGAAUCCAUGGCGAUCGUUUACGCGGUGGUGGCGCGUGGCACCGUGGUUCUCGCCGAGUUCUCUGCCGUCUCCGGGAACGCCGGCGCCGUCGCCCGCCGCAUCCUCGAGAAGCUUCCGCCCGACGCCGAGUCGCGCCUCUGCUUCGCGCAGGACCGCUACAUCUUCCACGUCCUCCGCUCCCCUCCCCCCGCCGCCGCCGAUGGCCUCACCUUCCUCUGCAUGGCCAACGACACCUUCGGAAGACGAAUUCCCUUUCUUUACCUCGAGGACAUCCAAAUGAGGUUCAUCAAGAACUAUGGCAGAAUCGCCCAUAAUGCGCUCGCCUAUGCCAUGAACGAUGAGUUCUCUAGGGUCCUCCAUCAGCAAAUGGAGUACUUCUCCAGCAACCCCAGCGCCGACACACUCAACCGUCUCCGUGGGGAAGUCAGUGAGAUACAUACUGUCAUGGUUGACAACAUUGAGAAGAUUCUCGACAGAGGUGAGCGCAUCUCGCUACUCGUCGACAAGACCUCCACCAUGCAAGACAGUGCUUUCCACUUCCGCAAGCAAUCCAGGAGGCUCAGGAGAGCUCUUUGGAUGAAAAAUGCCAAGCUUCUUGCUGUGUUGACAGCUGUCAUAGUACUUCUACUUUACUUGAUCAUCGCUGCUUUCUGUGGAGGCCUUUCUCUUCCAUCGUGUAGAUCAUGAUCCGCUCUACAGAUUUACCUCAAUUAAAGCAUCACACCAUGUAACAACAAUGCAAGCCUAUCAAUGCCAUGUGUCGUAUCUGUUCAGCACCCAAAGUUACAAGUGAUGUUUUGAGAAAAUGAUUUGGUGCUGAGUUUUCGUUAUCGGGAGGGUUGUGCUCCUUCAAGUUAAUAUGGAACGGUUUGUACAAAAUGGGAUCUAUAUGUACAGUAGUAUGUCGUUUGUUGUUUGUGUUGGCUAAGACUUUUCUGUACCGUUGUGCUUGCACAUGAAUUGGAUGUUUUGCCUGAUGAUAUGAGUGCUGUGGUAUGCCCUUUCCUUAACUAAAGCGAAUGGCAUGUAAUAUUCUCAAGAGAAUAUAUGAAUAUGGUUUAUGAGUAAUGUUAUCCUGAUAAAUAAAUUUUGGAAGAAGGGAAA